UACAAUCAUUUCUAGAGCUUGUUGAAGAUUUUAUAAUUGCUAUAGAACCUCCCGAGGAGCAAUUUAAUGAAAAACAUUCCAAUGUACCCGUACCUCUUCUACCAACGGAAUGCAUGCAAGAGAUAUUCAAAAAUAUUCAAGCUCAAGGUUCUAGAUUAUACCCUUGCCUUUUGGUUAACCGAUAUUGGUGUAAAAAUGUCGUGCACCUACUAUGGUCACAUCCUUUUGUUGAAGAUUUAUCACCAGAAAAUCGUUGUAAGUUAAUUCAUACAUACCUUGCUUGCCUAGAUCGCGAAGAGAAUUUAGGCUUAAACUCUCUAUUACGACCUUAUAAUAUUGAAAUUCCCGAUACGAGGCAACCAAUUUUCAAUUAUCCAAUGUGGUUGGAAGAAUUUUCUUACAAACAAUUGGAAAUGGCAGUCCAUUCCACCAUUCACAUUUGGUGUAACAAAACAUUUACAAGUCGUCAUAAAGAAGAUCAAAUCCUCUUGAUCACGACGACGCUUUGUAAACUAUUUAUGAGGCAGUCCAAUUCUUUGAAAUCUUUCAUCAUCGAUAAAUACUUUAGUCACUCGGAUAUUCCGCAAGUUUCCACAUUUGCGCUCACGCUACCGGGGCUAAGUCAAUUGACCAGAUUUCAAAUUGAUUAUAGUAAACCAAUGACCAUAAAUACCAUCCAAUUGGUAGAAAUCUUACCAGCCUUAUGUUCAAAUAUACGUUGCCUUGAUAUAAAAUUUCACAAGUAUGAAUAUAAUCUUGACAAAGCGAUUUCACGUAUAAUUAGAACUCAAAAAGAUUUGAAUGAAUUUCAUAUAUCAGGAAUUACAAGUAGCGAAGAAAUCCUUUUAUCGUUGCCAUCACGCGAAUCCUUGAAUACAAUUAAAUUAGAAAAUGUAUACAUUACGGAAACUGGUUUUGAUGCUUUGGCUCGUUGUAAAAAUUUAAGGCACCUAAGUUUAUGGGAUUGUAAAGAUUUCGUCUUGGAAAAUUCUUCAGUAUUAUUACAGUCUAAAUUUUCCUUAAAUGAAUUGAAGUUAGGACUUUCUUCAUCUUGUAAUAAAUCAGGGUUAAUCUUACACGUUGGAGGUUCUUCACUUAAAGAGUUAGAGAUCGAUUUAAUUAAUUCAGAUAUAGUUGAAACGAUCUUAAAUUUUUGUUCAAAUGUUGAAAGAUUAAAAUUAGUUAAUUUACCAUUUGAUGAUGAUCAUGACGACGCUAUUUUAUUCCAUUCCUUAUUUUUCGGUUUAAACUUGAAAAGGUUGGAAAUCUUUAUCGAUUCAAAAAAUUCUGAUUAUGAGCAAUUUAGAGUGACUGGUCAAGUUUUACCCCCUUCAUUAAAAUAUUUGAAAUUAAAAUGUGGUUUUACAUUGGAAAGAUUUACUGAAUUAUUUAAAACUUGUAGCGCCCCUAUAGAAACCAUUAUUGUGGAUUAUUUAGGUUGGGAUUAUAAUCAUUUGAAAGUUAUUACUAGAUUUAUAAAAAGUAAGAAAUCGGUUAAAGUAUUAGGAAUUGCAAGAAUGGAUCGUAUGACCUCACAAGAAGUUAAAGAAUUAAAAAAUUUAAAGAAACGUUAUGGAGUUUUCAUAAUUCCAUCUCAUGAGCUAGAUCUGUGGUGA